GUGAAUACUUUUAGGUAUUUAUUGAGUUGUGUUUUUCCAAAACAUUUGGAGCUGCAGGUCUUCUUUGUUUUGAUUGGAUUCAAAGGCGCUGAAAACGUUCUCCAUGUCGCACCGCCACCAGGACAUCCCCAUCCGACCUCGGUACGGCUUAGACGAGGAGGCGAACAGCCAGGCGGAGGUCAGCGGGCCGAGUUCUGCGAGAUCCGGAGCCACGCCUGCAUCCUCGUACACGGAGAUCCCCUUUCUGGCCCAAUAUCCCGGCGCUGUACCGGAUCACGUGCUCCAGGAUCUGACGCCGACGGCGGUGGGGAAUCCUGCGAUGCCGGGGAGCGCAGGAAGAGCGCCUAACGGCGAGAGCUAUGUGAAUCUCGAUUCAGGCGAGGACGACGAGGAGGCGGAGGAGAAUGAUCCUGCGGAGGAGGAGGACAACAGCAACUCGAACAGCAACUCCAAGGACAGUUCCGGCGGCAUCCAGAUGCACAGGCGCCUGCAGGCGGACAGCAAUCUCCCCUACGAACUGGAGGGCACCAGCGACUCGGACGGAAUGCGCCACUUCGUGGCCCACGACUUGGAGGCCAAGCUGCGCGAGGGCGUGGCUGCCGCAGCGGAUUACUCCUCGGAACACACCACGCCCUCCACUUCCAUGGGUCACGGAGUUCCAGCGGGAAUGGGCACCUCCGGAAACGGGCUGCUCACGCGGAGGUUCCUGCAGUCCCGCAACAUCCCCGAAGUGGACGGCAGUGUGCUGAGCGACAUUGAGCUGGAGGCCCAGUACCUGGCCACCUCGGUGGACAACCUGCUCGAGAAUCUGGGCAACCUGCUGCACUCCAUCUCCUCGAUCACCGCCGACAACGUGGAGGUGCACCGGAACGCCGUCAACAAGCUCACCGACACCCUGGAUGCGAACAUCAAGUGCCAGUACCAACUGCUGGCCAAAGCGGAGGAGAUCACCAAGUCGAUGAAGCCCACGGAGCAGCUUGGCCUGCGCAUCAGGGAGAUCAAGCGACUGGUGGACAUGCUGGACAGCACCAUGUAGGAGAGGGCUCUGCAUCCUGUGAUCUGUGCAAUCAAAAAUAUCUUGUGUUUCUAGUCAUUCCUUAAAUACAUUUAAAUUAUGAAACAGA